AGGUGCCCCAUAUCUCCCUUUAUCCAUGUUCUUUCGUUUCUCGCGGCGACUCUAGGGUUAGUGUUUAUCGAGCUCAGCUAUUUACGCGUUGUUCUUCUUCUUCUCCUCUGCAAUCCGCCACCGGCUCGGAGGAUUUCUGUUCUUUAUCGGUCUCUUUCAUUGUCACAAUUUAAAGGUGUUGUAGUGCAUACAACGCUAAAAGUUUGAGGCAAAGCCAAAGAUAACACCUAGACUUAUUACCCGGGACAAAUAUUGAGAAGGAUUGCCACUUUUUUGUGAAGUGAUACACACUUGUCCCUUUGAUUCUGCUUGAGCUAGUCCGAAUAUUCUGGUCUUAGAAGAUAGCAAUGGCUGGAAUGUUGCCUGGGGAAUCUUCACACUGUGAGAGUGGAACAACCCUGAUUUCUCAUGAUAAUAAGCAAGAUGAGGUCGGGUGCUGGUAUUUUUCUAGAAAAGAAAUAGAAGAACAUUCGCCUUCAAGGCAGGAUGGCAUUGACUUAAAAAAGGAAACAUACCUUCGCAAAUCGUAUUGUACCUUUUUGCAGGACUUGGGCAUGCGGUUGAAAGUUCCCCAGGUAACAAUAGCUACGGCUAUUAUAUUCUGUCAUCGAUUCUUCAUUCGUCAAUCACAUGCCAAGAAUGACAGGAGGACAAUUUCGACUGUCUGUAUGUUCCUUGCUGGAAAGGUGGAGGAAACUCCACGGCCGCUAAAAGAUGUUAUCGUUGUGUCUUAUGAGAUAAUUCACAAGAAGGAUCCUGCCGCAGCACAAAGAAUCAAGCAAAAGGAAGUAUAUGAGCAACAAAAAGAGCUUAUAUUAAGUGGAGAAAAGAUUGUACUCUCUACGUUAGGGUUUGACCUCAAUGUCCAUCACCCUUAUAAGCCCCUUGUAGAAGCAAUUAAGAAAUUUAAGGUUGCACAGAAUGCCCUUGCUCAAGUAGCGUGGAAUUUUGUUAAUGAUGGUCUGCGGACGUCACUCUGCCUGCAAUUUAAGCCUCAUCACAUUGCGGCUGGUGCAAUUUUCCUUGCUGCCAAAUUCCUUAAAGUGAAGUUACCAUCGGAUGGAGAGAAGGUCUGGUGGCAAGAAUUUGAUGUCACACCUCGUCAAUUGGAGGAUGUGAGCAACCAAAUGCUUGAGCUUUAUGAGCAAAACCGUGUUCCUUCAUCCCAAGGAACUGAAGUCGAAAGUAGCUCAGGUGGAGGGGCAGCUCAUCGGUCUAUCUCAAGAAAUGCAGCUUCCAUGGAUGAACAUGGUAGUUCUAGGCAGAUGUCAUCACGACCGCCCGUCGACCAUUCUAAUUCUGAUAACCAUGGAGGGUCAUCAAAGCCCACCCAAAAUCAGAACAAUGAUAACGGGAGUGGCGAGACGGGUAGUGUUAUUACCGAGCAUAAAGGGGAGAGAGAUAGAGAUAAUAAAGAUAGUCAGCAUCUUGAAGAUCAUGCAGCUCACAAGGACAACGUGGGGGGAGUUCAUCACAAAACUAGACCUGGAGUUGAACGAACGGGGAAGGAAGACUCAGAAAGGACGGCUGGAGAUCAUAAAGACGAUAGCACUCUUCAUAGAUCUAGAAAUGUUGAUACUGGCGAUGCUCCAGUUAGCCAAUCGCCUAAAGACUUGAAAUUGCUCCGUGAUAAGGUGAAGGCUAAAUUAGAGAAAGCUAAGAAGUUCCAAGGUGAAAGAACGAGGAAAAAGGAUUUGAUGGAUGAGGAUGAUCUGAUUGAAAGAGAACUGGAAGAUGUGGAAUUGGCAGUCGAGGAUGGCAAGACGAAGCAAAAGAAAGAACAGAGCUUGCCAAAGGCUGAAAACUCUGAUUACAUGGGCACCGAAUUUUGUGAAACUGUUGAUGGAAAUCAUUCCGGUGGAAAGGGGGAUAUUGGAAACAUGGAGGAAGGUGAAAUGGUGGGCGAUGCUUCCCCUAUGAUGAACAGUCGAAAGAGGAAGCUGGCAAGUCCUCCCGAAAAGCAAUCAGAAGGGAAGAAUCGGCAUGAACAUGGAUCAAACUACAGCCAUGAGAAUAUCGAGGAGAGUAGUCAUAAGGUGCAAAGAAGAAGACACUCACAAGAGAAUCACUCGUAAGAGGUAAAAUGAUCGAAUGCAACUCUGUGUUAUGUCAUAAUAUGGUCAUUACAACGUUUUGGCACUCUGGAUGCCUAACCAUGUGAGCUCAGACUUAUACAUGGUCGGUUCAGUCGUUUGGAGACUCUGGAUGGAAACCGUGCUGUGUAAUUUAUGCUUGGCUAUGACAUUUUUUUGUGGGCGUUUGCAGAAUCCAACGGCUGUAUAUAAGUUGUUGGAGAACGAUGAGACGAUAUUCUUCAUUCUAUAUAGGAUGGGUGAAUGAUAUUGAGAAGUUAUCAGCAUAGUUUCAUAUGCUGGUCUUUGUUCUUGUUUCGGUUUUCUUGCUGUAAUGUUGUCAGGGAAUAUCUCUCUAGGAACCUUUUGAGGGUGAGACCCAUUUGUGGGGAUCUUUGCUCUUCCUGCGACUGUUUUUUGUCCUUGUAAGAGUUUGUCAUUGCCUAAGAGAAGAACGUGACCCAACUCUGGUUUUGGUUGUUCUGUCUCCAUAGUACUUUGUCCUUGUCGUGCUCCCGUUUUUGUUAUGAAGGGUUUUUUUUUUUGUAUGAGCACAUUCAAAUUCUGAGAAGGACUAUGAGUGUUAAUUGCUUGCUACA